CGUUGCCAGUGGAACUCACAGUUGAACAUCAGAUCCAGCCAGCAAGAUCUCAGCAAUGACGUCAAUCAAGUUCCUAGCAGCACUGCUGGCACUCUGUGCCAUAGCUCACACCGCUCAGGCGCUGAAUAUUGAGCCACGCAGCAGUUGGGGCGCUGUGGCUGCCCGUUCGCCAGCGAGGAUAAGUGGCGCCGUGGAUUAUGUGAUUAUCCAUCACUCGGACAAUCCCAAUGGCUGCAGCAAUUCGGAUCAGUGCAAACGCAUGAUCAAGGCCAUACAGACGGACCACAAGGGCAGGCGCAACUUCAGCGACAUUGGCUACAAUUUCAUUGUCGCUGGCGAUGGCAAGGUGUACGAGGGUCGAGGCUUUGGCCUGCAGGGCUCCCAUGCACCCAACUACAAUCGCAACAGCAUUGGCAUUGUGUUCAUUGGCAACUUUGAGAGCAAUAAACCUUCGUCACAGAUGCUGCAGAAUGCCAAGGAUCUGAUUGCACAGGCCAAGCAGGGCGGCUACCUGAAGAACACUUACACGCUUCUGGGCCAUCGCCAGACCAAGGCCACCGCCUGCCCGGGCACGGCGCUCUUCAAUGAGAUCCAAACAUGGCCCAACUGGAGGAGCAUUUAAGUUAUGAAUUAGUUUCUUUAUUAGAAUAAAUUGUUGUACAAAUUGAAA